CAUGUGCUUGCACUCUCUCCCUCUCCUCUGUGUCUCCUCAUUGGAUCAGCGGCGCACAGGAGGUGAUUUCGACCACUUGAUUUAUUAGUCAUCGCUGGUUGUUGGAACAAGCUAAUUAAAAGGAGCGUGAGCUUGUGUGUGUGUGUGUGUGUGUGUGUGUGUGUGUAUGUGUGUAAGAUUUGGAGACUGAGACACUGCUGCUGCUGCUGUUGCUGCUUCUGCUGCUGCCGUCCCUUCGUCUGCUCUCUUACGCUUUGCUGUGGACCAGGAGGCAGCAGGCGAGAGGAGAGAGAAGAAGAGGAGGAGAAGGAGGAGAAAGAGAGAAGGGACAGACAGCUGGGUGGAAGGAGAUUUUCACACCACUUCCCCAUCAUCUCUUCUGACAUGACCACCGCUUAGGAAUCUGGUGCCGCGGCUACCGUCAGAUCCAAGGGUAAGGAAAAAGAAAGCUGGGCCUGUUCACGGGGACGUUCAAAGAAACAAAAAGCGAGGGAUGGCUGUGGAGGAGAAGCCGGGCGUGAAGAGCAGCAGCUCCAUCGUUCCCUGCUUCCUGUUUGUGGAGCUGGUGAUCAUGGCUGGGACGGUGCUGCUGGCUUACUACUUUGAGUACACGGACACCUUCCCCGUGCACAUCCAGGGCUUCUUCUGUUAUGACAAGACCUUCUCUAAGCCCUACCCAGGUCCGGACGAUACCAGCAAGAUCCCUCCGGUGCUCAUCUACUCGCUUGUCACAGCCAUCCCUACCCUCACGAUUCUUGUUGGAGAGCUGUGUGCCUUCUUCACCAAGGUAGAGGGAACCCAGGAGAAGACCAUUGUGACUGCAGACUGCUGCUACUUCAACCCCUUACUAAGGCGCAUAAUACGCUUCCUGGGUGUUUAUGCAUUUGGUCUAUUCACCACGACCAUUUUCGCCAAUGCCGGCCAGGUGGUAACAGGAAACCAGACGCCUCACUUCCUGUCAGCCUGCCGACCAAACUACACAGCAUUAGGCUGCCAGUCCACCAUGCAGUACAUCACGGAGCGCCGGGCCUGCACUGGCAACCCGAUGAUUGUCAUGUCUGCGCGUAAAUCCUUCCCAUCUAAGGAUGCAGCACUCAGCGUCUACUCGGCAGUGUACACAGUGAUGUACGUGACACUGGUGUUCAAAACCAAAGGCACGCGGCUCACCAAGCCCACGAUCAGCCUCACGCUGCUUUGUCUCGCAAUGCUAGUCGGUGUGGUGAGAGUGGCUGAGUACCGCAACCACUGGGGUGAUGUCCUGGCGGGAUUCUUCACUGGGGGAGCCAUUGCUGUGUUUUUGGUGACUUGUGUGAUUAACAACUUCCAGCAGCUGCAGCCUGGUAUUCCUCCACCGCGGCCCCAACGCCCUGAGUCAAUGCUGGGCAUGCCAAUGGUGACAUUGCCCUCUGUGGAGAGUCCACUCGAAAAGUUAAGUGGCCAUCAGCAUCUUACACUCUCCUCCUCCUCCCCACCUUACAACACCUACGUCCAACCAUUCUAACCAGCUUUAAAUAUUUUUUGGCCAGCGUUGCCACCCUUCCCCCCCACCACUAUCUCUGUCAUCUGUUGCCUUAUUUCUGUUUUUUGCUCUGUUGUACAUCUGUUCUGUCCUCUCUCCCGCCCCUCAUCCCUGUGCAUUGCUCUUGAUUAUUCUUUUCUUCACUUUUCUCUCUCUUCCUCCGCCUCCUCUCUGCCCCGUCCUCUCUCUUUCUCACUCCUCUCUUUCCCCUGCAGACUCCGCGGGGAUCUCCGUUCACCGAGAUCACAUGACCAUCAGCCCUAUCGGUUCCCCGCCACCCCCGAU